AUGUCCAGUACGUCUUUAUCUUUAGGAAAGUGUCCAUUAUGUUUAAAAUCUCUUCGUGUAAAAAAUUUUAAACGUCAUUGUGACCUUUGCCAUGAUAGUAUAAAUACAAAAGAAAAAUAUGAAAAAUUAUUAUUAAAAAUGAAACAAACAAUUAACAGUCAACAUCAAGAUAUACCAACAUCAGAAUCCACAGCAUCAAAUGAAUCAUCAACAAUUACCUCGAAUAACACAUCAGCAACAAUAUCAAAUGAAACAAAUACUGAAUCACCAGCUGUUAAUGGAUAUGUGUCAUCACCUGAUGUUAUAUUAAAACCUAAUGAUGAUUCACAGACAUCAGCAUCAAAAGCUACAUCAUCAAACGAAACAAAUCUUGAACCAGCAGCUGUUAAUGGAUAUGUAUCAUCACCUGAUGUUGCAUUAACACCUGACGAUAAUAAAUCUUUAGAUAAUGUUCAAUUUCAACAUUUUGUUGAAAUAAAAAAUGAUAUUUGUGGUGAUAUUAAAUAUAUUUUAAAACAAACAGAAUUCGCAUCGAAACUUGUUGCAUUAGCAUUUGAUGAAACAGUUAGUGUAAAAAAUUUUUUAGUAGAAAUAACAUCAGCAUUUAUGAAAAUAAAAGAAUCUAUAAAUGAUUUAUUAAUGUUAUGUAACGAAACACUUGAAAACAUCCCGUCUGCACCAACAACUAUUGAAAAAAUACAAUCAACUGAAAAACUUAUUUCUCGUGAUCCAUCUAUCAUAAAAGUUUUUGAUGAAGACGAACUGCGAUAUUUAGUCAAUCAAGGUCCAUAUCAGCCUCUAUUACCACGAUAUCCAGUUAAUACACAACUAAAAAAGAAAAACACUACUUGCCAUUUUGUUCCUCAGUGGUACAAAGAAUUUCCUUUAAUGGAAUAUAGUCCUAUAACUGAUUCAAUUUACUGUUUUUGUUGUCGCUUGUUUGGACGUGGUCCUGGUAGUGCACAGUCAGAAAAUACUUGGGUUUCAACUGGCAUGAAAAUGUGGAAUAAAGUGAAAGGUUUUCAAAUAUAA